CCUGCCGGUACCUCCAAAUUGCGGUUUGUUUACAUCUCGAGGCAUCCCACCAUUGGCAAUUAAAGUUCCGUCGCGUGUCUACCACCAAGUUACAGUAUAUCCCACGCGCCCAUUGCAUUGGAGCAGCCACGACUAUAAUUCAGAAAAGACGCUCCUUACUUGCUUCAGUACCGCUACUUAUACUAGCAAUUGGAUGAGCAUUUGUCCAUUCUGUUGUGUGAGUGUUGGCUCUUGUUUUUCAUAGGCAGAUGCCCAAACCGAAGACCGCCGCUUUACUCGCUUUGGUGGAGUCUGAGGACGAAGACUUGUCCCAAAUACUCGAGCCGGUCGCGCCAAACAACAACGCACAGAAGAUGCCUCCAGCCAAGAGAGGGCGGCCCGCCGCUACCAGUAAAGCGACCGCCGACAGGAAAGCUCUUGAGGAGAAGGCCACCAAUGCGCAGACAGCGCCCGCCUGCGCCAGAGGGAAGAAGCGCCCUGCGGCAGAUGAUAUAGAACCAGCAGGGGAUGCUCAGGACGAAAGUACAAUCGACCUGGGACCCAAGCCAAAGAGCACACGUGGUCGGCCACCAAAGGCAGCAAAAACUUUGACGCAAGCAGAGGAGCUCUCGAUGGCCGAUGAGACAGGACAACCAGCUGCGCAACCCGCCAAGAGGGGAAGAAAGCCGAAGGCUCAGGUUGCAACGCCGCCAGCCGAGAUCGAGAUCCCAGAGACCCAGCAAGUCGCCCCUGCGGGCCUCGCCGAACCAUCGCUCGAGAUUCCAGAGACUCAACCUGUUGAGGUUUAUGACGAGCUCGACGAUAGCAUCGAAGACGAGCAAGUCGAAGACCUACCGUCCUACAACCGCGCCGCUGUUUCUUCGGUGCAGCGAAUGCAACAUUAUAUCAUGCCUUCAACCGGAGCAAGGGCACACUUAGUUCCCAUGAGCACGAGCAGAAUGCAAUAUCGACAGGCCGUCCCAUUCAGCGCCAGUCGAGUGCGCCCCAUGGCCGCUUUAGACACCGAAGCCGACGACCCAUCUCUGCGCAGACGAAUUGGGGAGCUAACCCGCAAGUACGAUAAUCUGGAGGUCAAGUAUCGGGACUUGCGGGAGAUAGGAGUCAAAGAGGCAGAAGCCAACUAUGAUAGACUAAAGAGACAAGGUGACGAAAGGGCCAAGACUGCUAAUGAACUGAUCGAAACCCUCAAAGCUCAGCUUGCUGCCCAAACUGAGUUAGCCAAGGAAGGGCAGCGACUCAAGCAACAACUAGAGGCCAGCGAGAACAGGGCGGCUGAACUCGAGGACAAAGUCUCGACGACACACAGGUCGCUCUCUGAAGCCAAGACGGAAAUCAAGACUUUGUCUACCAGGUUAGCAGCUUCUCGAGCUGCCGAAGCUGCCAGUGUCAAGGUCCCUGGCAGUGCUAGGAAGGGCAACAUUGGAGACAAGCGCGUCCUCGCUAAUGCCGAGGCUGCUAUUCAAUCGGCUCAGGUGAAAGAGGAUCUGUAUGCUGACUUGACUGGACUGAUCGUGCGUGGUUUUAAGAAAGAGAACGACGAAGAAAUAUAUGAUUGUCUGCAGACUGGGCGCAAUGGAACCCUUCACUUCAAGCUGUCAGUGACGCCGGAUGACGAGUCAGAGGAUCUGGACGGAGCUCAGUUUAUGUACUUGCCACAACUGGAUUCCAACAGGGACAGUGAUUUGCUGGAUGUCUUGCCAGACUAUCUCACCGAGGAAAUCACAUUCCCCAGAACCCAUGCCGCCAAGUUCUAUUCUAGGGUUAUGAAAUUUUUGACCGAGAAGCUGGAAUAAUCGACGGCAAGGUUCUUUUCAGUAUAUUUGGUACCAGACAGAUUAUUUCGGCAAGAUACCCUUUGCUUCCCCACAACAUUUGGUUCAAAAAGGCAGCACGAGUUAAAUGGGGUUUACACCUUCACGAUGGAACAAUGACUUGUACGAAAAGGAAACAGCAUCUAGUCUUCGCACGAAGUAGACUAACCUUAGCACUGUGAUCAAGGCCAAUGAGGCUAUUGGCAUUUGUCCAAGUAGAUGCUUUAUCGGUAUUGGUCUAGACUAGUGACAAAUCUAUCAAUGAUAGUCCUAAUUUCUUCCUGUCAUGGGAACUUAAAUACAC